ACGUUUACAGUAUUAUCUAUUUAUUUUAUUCGUUAAUAUAUUAUUAUUUUAUUUUAACUUUUUAAUAUAUUUUCAUUUUGUUAACACACAAACACACAUACGCUUAAUCACUAUACGCUUUAAGUAAUAGAAUAUAGAGAAAGUGUUCCAGGGAGUAAAAUGUUGUUUCGUUUUUAAGGCGACUGGACCAGAAAGACGGCUCUAAAAGGAAUUGACACUCAGGGAAAACCUGAAGGUGGCAGUAAUGCAACAUCAUGGAUGCCAACUGCCGUAAAACCUCAUCGACGAAGAAGUGGGCGAACGACAACAGGACAUUAACAUGGCUGCUGACAGUGAUGCCGAGUCAGAGGUGUUUGAGAUCACCGAUUUCACCACCGCAUCAGAGUGGGAACGGUUUGUGUCCAAAGUCGAGGAAGUGCUAAAUGACUGGAAGCUGAUUGGGAACUCCACAGAAAAGUUGUCCCCACAGAAGGGUGAAUAUACCAAUGGCACAUGGGGGGAGAGGUCUCAGGAUAUCCAUUUUGCUGACUUUAAGUUCUACAUAACUCACUACUUUCUGAAACAAGAAUGUGAGAAGGACGAUGGGAAGGACAAACCGGAGGAAGAUCCCUUCCCCUUGGCAAUGCAGGAUCUUCUCUGUGCAAACAAUGACUUCCCUCCUCGAGCCCACUGCCUGGUUAGAUGGUAUGGCAUACGAGAGUUUGUGGUCAUCACUCCUGGAACCAACUGCGAGGCUAUCAUCAGUGAAUCCAAAUGCAAUCUGCUUCUCAGCUCCAUCUCCAUUUCUCUGGCCAACAGUGGCUGCCAGGUGCCCAUGUUUGUGCAGAUCCAGCAGAAGUGGAGGCGGAUGUAUGCCGGAGAGUGUCAUGGACCAGGUGUACGCACUGACUUUGAGAUGGUCCACCUCCGCAAGGUGCCAAGCCAAUACAACCACCUGUCUGGCCUGCUUGACAUCUUUAAGUCUAAGAUAGGUUGCACCCUGACCCCUCUACCUCCAGUCAACAUUGCCAUCCGUUUUACGUACAUUCUCCAGGACUGGCAGCAGUAUUCAUGGCCACAGCAGCCUCCAGAUUUUGACACACUUCUUGGAGGAGAGGUUGGAGGGGUUGAAUUUGGGAAGCUUCCAUUUGGAGCCUGUGAGGAGCCAAUCAGUGAGCUUCAUCUUGCAACCACUUGGCCUCAUCUGACGGAAGGCAUAGUUGUGGAUAAUGAUGUCUACAGUGACCUUGACCCUCUCCAAGCUCCUAACUGGUCAGUCCGACUCAGGACAGCUGAAAACCCUCAGUGUUUACUAGGUGACCUUUUGACAGAGUUCUUUAAACUCUGCUGUAGGAAGGAGUCUACAGAUGAGAUUCUGGGAAGAGGAUUGGCUGAAGAGGAGGGUAAAGAAAAUAGUGACAUCAGCGCCGCUUUAUCCAAGCUGACAGAGCCAGCAGGAGCAGUGCCAAUCUCCAAACUUUCUGUCUCCAAUAUGGUCCACAGCGCCCGAAAGCACAUCCGACGCCACAGACGCAUUAAUGAGUCACCACUCAACACUGAUAUACUCAAUUCUGUCCUUCUGUAUCUCUUCCCAGAUGCUGCUGUGGAGAAGUCAUCAGAGAAUAGCAAGAAUAAAACUUCACAGUCAAAUGCCAGUGGGAAGGCCGAGCAAGAUAAAAACUCUGACUAUAACCUUUUUCUCCAGCUGAAGUCAGCACCCAGUGACUCUCUGACCUACAAGCUGGCACUCUGUGUGUGUCUGGUCAACUACAACCAUGGCGGGCUACGUGCUGUUGCCCACCUCUGGCAGGAGUUUGUCCUAGAGUUGCGCUACCGCUGGGAAAACAACUACCUCAUCUACGGAUUGUCUGGUGGACCUCCUGAUCUUCGCUGUUGUCUAUUGCAUCAGAAGCUCCAGAUGCUGAACUGCUGCAUUGAGAGGAAGCGGGCCAGAGACAAGGUGCUGGAGGGAAGCAAAGAGAGAGAGCACAGGCUGUCCGGUGACUGCCAGAAUGGUCCCAACAUACCAGAGUCUACAAAGACAACAAUGACUGCAUCCACUUCAAAAAGGGAUGUGUCUCCGGGGAAAUCCUGGGACUCAUGGAGCGACAGUGAGGAUGAGUUCUUUGAGUGCCUGAGUGACCAGGGGGAGAUAGAGGCUCCACAUACUGAGGGAAAAGAAAAAGAUGGCAGUAAAAGUAAAGCAGAGGGAAGGCUGCAUCCCUAUAACAACAUGACUCUACUCAACUCUACAGAGCUUCUCUACGUUCCUGUCACACAGGAACCUGCUCCCAUGACAGAGGAUAUGUUAGAUGAGCAGUCAGAAGUACUGGCCAAACUGGGCACAUCAGCUGAAGGUACCCACCUCCGUGCUCGGAUGCAGAGUGCCUGUCUGCUCUCUGACAUGGAGUCCUUUAAGGCAGCCAACCCAGGCUGUGUUCUGGCGGACUUUGUGCGCUGGUACUCACCUAGAGAUUACGUGGAGGAGGAGGUGGUCGACGAGAGGGGUAACACAGUGGUGAAAGGCGAACUUAGUGCCAGGAUGAAGAUCCCAGGCAACAUGUGGGUGGAGGCUUGGGAGACGGCCAGGGUUACACCUGCACGCCGCCAAAGAAGACUGUUUGAUGACACUAAGGAGGCUGAAAAGGUUCUGCACUAUUUGUCAAUACAGAAACCUGCAGACCUGACCUGCCAUCUCCUGCCCUGCAUACUCCAUGCUGCUAUUCUGAAGUUGAAGGAGGAAGAGUCAGAUGAAGACAUUCCGUCAGUCAAAAAGACCAUUCAGCAAGCUACAUGUCAAGCUAGCAAGCUGCUGCACCCCCCCAACCAUGACUACAAGAAGUUAGAGGAUUUUAUUCACCAGUUGAUAGCCAUGGAGACAGUCAUCACCCGAGCUCGCUCGCUAAAGGCCAAGUUUGCCAUUUGUGAGGGUGAGAAAGGAGAGGACACAGAAGAGCUAAAGAAGUUUGUGAGUUCCCUGCUGGAAGAACCAGAGGUGGUGGUGAUCGGAGCUGGCCAGGGUCCAGCUGGCAGUAUCAUCCACAAGCUGUUUGUCAACGCUCAGAGGCUGGCUGAGUUCACCAGUGACGAGGCUGCCCUUCUGGCACCACUGGAUGAAGACUUGGGUCAUGACAGGAAGACGAUUGGAGGAAGCAACAAAGUACCUGACUUUCCUUCUACAGCAGGCCGGGAAAUUCUGUUGCGUACAUGUGUGCCUCGGCCAGCACCAUACUCCAAAGCUCUGCCUCAGCGGCUCUUCUGUGUGUUAAUGAGGGAGGAGUUCAGGUUGGCAGGGGCCUUCUCCUCAGACACUUCCUUCUUCUAAGCAUUGUGGUUACUUUUAAAAUUCUCACAUAUGCUAUAAACUAUUUUUAACAAUAAAAUCCUUUGUUUUUCCUUCAGAGCUUAGUCUUAGUUUAAUUUGAGAAAUAUACAAUCUUCUGUAUUGUCCACAUGGUUCUCUUGUUUGUCUCUCCUUUGUUAGUUUUACUGUAACCUACUUAUUACUGACCACAUGCACACAUUGUUGCAGCAUCCUUGUUUGGGGGCACAGUUGCUGAUUCCUGAAGUGAGAGGGUUUUGCACUUAAAUGGUUGUUGAUAAUAAAUAAAAUGCAAUCACACAUCAAUAGAUCCUGUUCUGAAGUACAAUUACAUUUAUUGGACAAAUAGCUUUUCUUAUUGCAGCAGAAGCCGGUGUAAUCAUUCAUAUGUUGGCAACUAAAUUAAUUGUAUUGUCACAUCAGCCAGUGGUAAAUGCUUUGUAAGUACUACAUUGAUGUAUUAAUUGAUGUUAUUCAUCUGUGUAUGUACAUGUUAAAUAUUGGUCUAAAAUGUCCUAUAACCUAAAAAUAAACACUUGACCAUGUGCCGGA